ACACACUCACACGCGCGCUCAGCCGAAGUGAUUCAACCCUGAUUUCCAAGCGAGCAACAAGACAGGAUGCCCAAAAGUGCAGUCCGGCCGGGAGGUUUUUACGCGCCGGUUUGGCUUCUUUGAGGAGAAAGCCUUUGGAAGCAGGAGCAGCAAGUGAAGAAAAGAAAGGCGCGUUGUUUCUCCCCCGCUGCAAGUUGCGCUCAUUGCCAGAGUUUUUAGCGGCAGUAUUGUUCCGACUUCACUCCAGAGGGGCCACUCUGAGGAGAGAGGACGCACACAAAAGGGGGGGAAAGGAAAAGGGACUUAACGAGCAGGCUUUUUUCUCCGCUUAAAAAGAAGUAAUGGUCUUAAGACCAUAGAUUUCUCUGUCUCUUUUGCUCUCUUUUCCUCUCUAUUGUUUUUUUUUUCUUCCAUUUUUUUUUUUCGCGUCCCGUCUGGUGGUGCGCCCCUCUUGUUUGUCGCCGUGAAGAGAGAGUGGAAGCGCCGGGGUGCGAGGAGCAGAAGCGGGGCUGUCCACAUGCUCCAACCGCUGGCGUGAAAGUUGACUUCUUCAGAAACCGAGAGAACAGGUGACAGUGAUGAUGGUGGAAUCAGCCUCUGAGACCAUUCGAACAACACCGUCCAACCAAAACGGAGUCAGCAGCCUUAGCAGCCAAUCAGACGGAGGGGGAGGCAGAGAAGGCGGGUCCAAUGGAGACACCAAUGGAGAGAUCAGUCCGGUUGACUUACUGCACCUGCAGCAGCAACAGGCACUCCAGGCAGCCAGACAGUUCCUCCUCCAGCAGGCCUCUGGACUCAACUCCCCUGGCAGCAACGAGGUCAAGCAGAACCCCGUGCAGGUUCCCGUCUCCAUGGCCAUGAUGAGCCCACAGAUGAUCACUCCUCAGCAAAUGCAACAGAUCCUGUCCCCUCCUCAGCUCCAGGCCCUGCUGCAGCAGCAGCAGGCUCUUAUGCUACAGCAGCUACAGGAGUACUACAAGAAGCAGCAGGAGCAGUUGCAUCUCCAGCUUCUGACUCAGCAACAGCAGCAGCAGCAGCAACAGCAGCAGCAGCAGCAGCAACAGCAGCAGCAGCAGGCCGGGAAGCAGGCGGCAAAAGAGCAGCUCGGCAGUAAGCAGCUGGCCUUCCAGCAGCAGCUGAUCCAGAUGCAGCAGCUUCAGCAGCAGCACAUCCUCAACCUCCAGAGACAAGGCCUGGUUCCACUGCAGCCCACCGCCGCCAUGCAGUCUCUUCAGCAAGCAAUGUGUCCAUCAGACCUCCAGCAACUGUGGAAGGAGGUGUCCGGAGUGCCGACCGCUGAGGACGCCCUUAAACAGGCCGAGGGCCUGGACUUGAGCACCAACAGUUCUAAUUCUACCUCAGCCUUCCCCAAAGCUGCCAGUGCUCACAUUCCUCUGCACAGCCUGCCCAACGGACAGAGCCACACCCCAAAGAGAGACAGAGCCAGACUGUUUGAGUGGAUAUCCUCCUUCACCAAGGCAGACAGCGGAGAUGACCAUGUCCCCCUUUACUCCAAAGGCAGCCAGCCUCCCAGCAGCCAUCAUGAGGAGCUCAGCAGCUCCCAUCCCCUCUACGGUCAUGGAGAGUGCAAGUGGCCUGGCUGUGAAGCACUGUGUGAGGACAUGGGACAGUUUAUCAAGCACUUGAAUAAUGAGCACGCCCUCGAUGACCGCAGCACUGCUCAAUGCAGAGUCCAGAUGCAGGUGGUUCAGCAACUGGAGAUACAGCUGGCAAAGGAGAGCGAGCGACUUCAGGCCAUGAUGACCCACCUGCACAUGCGCCCCUCAGAGCCAAAACCUUUCAACCAACCUCUGAACCUGGCUUCCAGCGGCUCCCUGUUAAAGAGAGACAGCGAGGCCUACCCAGAGGGUCUCCCCCACCCUCCCACCUCAGCCGCCACCCCCAUCACGCCGCUGCGCCAGGGACCCUCCGUCAUCAGCUCUUCCAGCCUGCACACACACUCCCACUCCCACACACACCCGGUCGGCCCCAUACGUCGGCGCAACUCGGACAAGUACUGCACCCCUAUUGCCUCAGAGCUCGCUCAAAACUGUGAGUUCUACAAGAACGCUGAUGUCAGGCCUCCUUUUACCUACGCCUCUCUUAUACGCCAUGCCAUCCUGGAGUCCCCAGACAGACAGCUGACUCUAAACGAGAUCUACAACUGGUUUACACGAAAGUUUGCAUAUUUCAGGAGAAAUACUGCCACAUGGAAGAACGCCGUGCGCCACAACCUGAGUCUGCACAAGUGCUUCGUUCGCGUUGAGAACGUGAAGGGGGCCGUGUGGACCGUGGACGAAGUCGAAUACCAAAAGAGGAGACCACCAAAGAUGACCGGAAGUCCCACUCUGGUGAAAAACAUGAUUUCAGGCCUGGGUUUCGGAUCCCUAAACGCCAGCUACCAGGCGGCUCUAGCAGAGAGCAGUUUGUCUCUGCUGAACAGCCCCCCUCUGGUGACCCCUCCGUCUGCAGCCAGCCUAAACAUGCUGCAUGUGGGUCACGACGAUGUCAGCUCCACCGUGGAGCAGGUCAACAGCAACGGCAGCUGCAGCCCAACGCUCAGCCCUCAGCAGUACAGCCACCCAGUGCACGUGAAGGAGGAGCCCACCGAGGUGGAGGAGGACAGCCGACCAGUAUCCCUCCUGGCCGGCGUCACACACAGCCUGCCGUUGCCAAGCGACGAGCGUGACCUGGAGGAAGAUCUUCCUACCGAGGAGCUGGAGUAGGACCGGAUCAAAGGGGCCGCUCUAAGAUCAGUCCUUAGCGCUCUUUAAUCAGCGUAAAGAGGAGAGAAAAAAACAGCAUCCGUACACUUACAGAGAAAAGAGGAAAAAAAAAAAAAAGUUUUUUUUUUUUUUUAGUUUGUUUUAAAGAGAGUUCGAACAACAGAGAAUGACAUUGAGAAACUCUAAAACAGGGUUUAGAUGACUUUUGUUACGUUCAGCCGCAAAAAAACAUGACUGUGGAGCACUGCUUUACCUCCCCCGCCCCCCCACCUCCUCCCCCCAGCUCAGAGGUGUAACACCACUUUGUUCAGAUACACUUUCUCCCAAAACCUGUGCACGCACACAUGCACACACGUAUAAUUGUUUACCUGUCAAAACCACACCUGGGUGGAAAAACAAACAUGUCUUGGGGACGAAACAAAAAAAAAAUAAAUAAGAAAUAGCUCCCAUGAGUCUCGGAUGUUCGCUCCUCAUCCCACCUGACAGAGGCGCCUUUCCUCUCUGCUGAGGAGGAACACUGAUGUGCGUUUGAAAGAAGACAUGCACAACACAUAGGAUCAUGUGUAUAUAGAUUUAGUGAGGUCACCCGGGGGGGGCAGGACACCUCUUCUUCCCUCCCCUCUUCGAGUCAGACUUUUGUCAUCAAACGCUUUGAUAUGAGAGGAAUAAAAACGGGAGGAGGAAGAAGGACGGCGUCGCCCUGCUCCCUAUCUAGGCCUCCGUCAGCAUCGGGACGUUUUUUCUUUUCUUUUUUUAAACUAUUUACUUCUCCUUAGAAGAAAACAAGACAUUUUUUUCCUACAAUUACCACAGCCCACCCCUCCCCAACAAAGACUGCAGGAAAAGGUGCUCUUCUUCUUCUGCUCUCCAUCGCAGAUGAGCUUCGGACACUUUGGAGGGGAAGAAGAAAUGACGGGAGGCAGCGAGAGACGAGGGAGGAAGUGUCUACAGAAGCUUUGUGACAAAAAAAAGAAAAAACUGUCUGUGAUUUUGAGAAAUAAGAGAAAAAAAAGUGUGGUAGCUUUUGUCAUUUUAUUUCAAUGUUUUUUUUGUUUGUUUUUAUUACCUUUGAUGAUCAAUAUUCCCAAUAUGGGUUCGGAUGUUUGUCUGUUUUUUUAUUUUUGUCGUAAAGGUUGUUUGAUUUGCUCCUGUUGUUCGCACCAUUCCAAAUAAGCGUCGGCAAAAUAACGAGUAGAGAUUCUCUUAUUUUUGUUCUGUUUUUUUUUUAUUUUAAAGAUGCGCAGUAUUGUCCCCAAACAUCCUGCCCCUCAACAGCUUUUCUCUCCCAAGUAAAGCAGGAAAAGAAAAUUGGAAAUAGCACUUAAAGAGUUCCCAUUAACCACCAAACUUGUUUUUAUUUCAACUCUUUUUUUUUUAAGUUGUGUAUUUACUUAAGAUGUAUCUGUAAUGCUUUAAAAAAAAAACAAAAGUAUAUAUAUAAAUAUAUAUAUCUGCAGUCAGAGAAUACCUCAUCCCACAAAGGUUCUUCCCAGAACUGUGUCCAAAUUGAUUAAGAAGAAGUAAGGGGAGAUAUUCCUUAGGUGGGACACUAAAUGUGGCGACUCUGCUCAGCCUCAGUUCAAAGCUCUGUGGUUGUAAUUGUUACUGUGUAGAAGCUCUCUGCGAUUCACUGUGUGAGUUUGUGUUUUCCAGGAAAUAGCACGCUAGACUUUAUUUUUCCUUUCUUUGUUUCCUUUGGGCGUUGAAGCGUAACUUUUCUCUACAGUUUCAAACCAAAUUUGAAGCAUUUUUUUUUACUUUAAUCUAAUAUCCUCUUUGCCAUGUUCCAGGUUUUUUUUUUCCUUUUUUCUUGUUGUUUUAUUUUAAUUUUUUUGUUACAGGUUACCAAAGAAAUACGUAGAAAACCAAAAACCCUGUGCUUUAUUUUACCCUUUUGUUCUUUUUGUAGUUUUAUUUCCUCUUUAAAGAAAAAACAAAAGAGAGAAAAUGGGCCAAAAGAUAAGAAUCACAUUUUUUUUUUUUUCUGUAAUGAUACAGACAUGAGCGUUGUUUCCUAAACUUGUAACGGAUCAUUCCAAAAAACCAAAGUGUGUAAAACAAGCUUGGAUUUUAGGAACGACUAGAGGUCAGGUUGGAGGCCAAAAAUGGAGACAGUUUGCACGGUUCCUCCUAAAAUAUACAAUACAGAUAGAAGAAAAGUGACUCACUUUUAUCCCAAAUCUUGAACAAAUACAUCCCAAAAACUUGUCUCUAUUAAUUUUUUUUUUCAAUAUUGGCAGGUAUCCGAUCAAAAAAGAGGAACAAAAUAAAUAUUUCAUUGAAGUUCACUUAAGAGGACGUGAACCUCAGCAGGCCUCAAAAAGGGACACCGUCUAACAACGAGAAAUUACUCCAAAUAAGUAUGAAACAUGGAAGAAACAACCCAGGGACACAUUUCUAGUUUAGGGUGGGUUUUCUUUUCUGAUUUUUUAUUUUUUAGUUAAGGCCAAACUACAUGUUUGUUUUCAUAACCUUUCCAAGGAUUUUAUGUUUAAACAGGAUAUCUUCUUGUUACUAAAGAGACAAAGUGCAAAACUCAAAGCUGGCAGGUAGAGAUGCUUACAAAAAAAAAUAAAAAUAACCAAAAAAUAAGACUACCUCCUUUUCAAAAUUGUUCAACACAAAGUCAGAGGGAAUCUAAACUCUCUACUCUUCCUCCACAAUAACACCAAGAAUGCCAAAACUGUGGUUACACCGACUUUACAACAACGGUAGCCCGAUAUUAGGAGACAUCCAGCUGUGAGAUUACUGUUGAAUAUUGUGAUGCUAUUGAUUCCAACUGACUCGCCUUUUUCUUUACUCUUUCCGUUUCCAUCAUCCCAACAUUCCUGUCACCUAUAAGGAGCUUUUUUAGGAUCUCAGUCUCUAUGAUCUUUAUUAUAAAACACAGGGAAGCUCCAAGUUUGAAUUCAUACCUGCAGAAAUACCGUAGACUAACAAACAUCCGGUCUUUUUUUGUGAUUGCGACAACAUCCGCAUUUUUUCAAACUAUUUUUAAGGUGACUUCCUUUUUAUUUCAAUUGAAUCCAGAAAAAAAAGGUUCAUCUUUUUAUAAAAACGACUACCUCUCUGUUAGCUGCAUCUUGCAAAGAAAUAUAUUAUUAUUAUUUCACCAGAUCAGCAAAGUUUUGCUGUUAAUUUCAUAACAAAACCCAUUGUUAUUGGUUAUUACCAGAAAGGUACAAAGACCCAGUCUACAAAAACAAUCAAGGUCAUUGAAUCUGUAAAACUCACCACUACUAGUCAGAUCUAAACCAGGAGGAACCGCUGGCGUCCAGAAACUAGUCGAUUACUUAUGCUUUAAGGUACACCUGUAAACAACUGUUUUAUAAAUAAACCUAGAUUGUUCACAGGUCACAUUGCUUUCUUUAGCUUGGCAUAACAUGAUGCAUUCUGUAUAUUAAUGCUUGGCUUGUCUCUUUAAUGUUUCUUGUUUUUUAUUUUUAUUUUUUUUCUUGUUGUAGAGCUUUCAACCUGGAUUCCUAUUCUGUAUCGCUAAUGCUGAAUAUAUGUAUUUAUCACAUUAAGUGCUGCAGGUAUCUUGGUUUUCCUUUUUUUUUUUUUCCUUUAUUGUUUCCAUUUUUUUUUUAUUUCAUAAAAACGUCUGGGACGCAUUUUUUUAAGUGUAUUAUCAAAAAGAAAAAAAGGAAAAGAAUUGAAUUUAGGUCAGUGGUUUAGGAACACCUGUUUGUAUAUUUAUCUUAGCUAGAUCUAUUUUGAUACCUUUUUGUCUCUGUAUGGCAUUUAUGCAUUUUUAAAGAAAAAAAAAAAAAAGCAAAACAAAUGGAAAAUGAACUAAAAAGUUUCUUCAGUGUUUAUUGAUACCUCAGAUGGACUUUUUUUUUCUCUCAAAGACAGGACCAAAACCUCUAAAAAGAAGAUGAGAAAAAGGAAAAAAAAUAAGAUAAUGUAGCCCCUCUCUUGCUUUAAAGAAAAAAAAAGUAUUGCUGUUGGUACUUUCCGAUGCCAACAUGUGACGCCUCCCUCUAAACCCCUGACCCCCCGUCAUUCCUGUGCCGAACUCCGACCCGCAGAGCUGCCAAUCUUCUGCAGGAGCCAAGGGCCCGAGUCAGAAACCAAACAGGUGGGGACUCGCUGCAAACUGUUUCUCCAAGUCGAGCGAAAGGCGGAUUAAUGACUGACACUGUUGCUUUUUUUGUUGUUUUUAGUAUUAUUUGUUGUUGUUGUUAUGAUACUCCUCCUUUUCCUCAAAACCAAAACGUGGAGUGGCUCUUUGAGAUGCAGCUCUGACUACCAAAGGCAUUGUGAGCCAACCAUGCUUUAGUCCAAACUCCUGAACUGUAACCAAAACCAAUGUCACAACUUUAACCAACCAAAAAAAAAAAAAAAAAC